AUGCGGCCCUACGAUAGGACUUUGGCUGGCCCUUCGAGCCGCUCCCCUCCUUCACAAACCCCUCGUCCCCUUCACGGCAGACCUCGUUUUCCUCCCCAUCCACCACAGCCGCUCUCGCUUCCAGCCGCCCGGUGCAGAUUGCGGCGCGCCAUGGAGUCUCUGCCCCCGGACGUGCUCUACACUGUGCUCCGCCUCGCGCAGCCCUCGGGGCUGCCGAUCGCGCGGCUCGCGUGCGUGUCGACGGGGUUUGCGCGGAUGGCGAAGGAGCAUCUCUGGAGGUGGCACUGCCGCGACCAACUCGCUCUCGACGCAUCUCCGGGCGACGCGCAACGCUCCGACUCCGAGGCUGGAGCUGAUGCUGCUGAUGCCAACGCCGUAGGUGACGCGGCCGCUGCUACAACGGUCAGCGGCGAAGAUCCGAAAUUUGGUCGCGAGCUGCUGAAUCGCAUGCUGCGAAGCAUGGAGAGCGAGGAGAUUCUCAACCUCGCGAAGCUCGUGAACGUGUGUCCGGGCGUGCGAACCGCGCUGCGGCGAGGCAAGGUGUACAAGGCUAUGAACUGCGGGUGCAGCGACCGCAGCGAGUGCCCAUGCUGGGAACCUCUGCCCAGUCCGGAAGACUUACCCGACAGCGCGCCUCACUGCCACUGCCUCAGGAAGUUUGAGAUCAUGGCUGUCAACCGCACCGGCGCUCCAGCGGUCCAUUUCCUGAUUCUUGGGUGCUUUUCGCAUUCGAGCGAGGAGCUCAACGACAUGCCGUUUGUUCUCAUUCGAGGAAUCGUCAUGGACUUUCACAGCUCCAAGAUGUACGAGUUGGCCUCACAGUCCCCCUUCAUUGUCGACGAGCAGUGCCCGUACUGCUCCUCCCAGGUGUGGAACGUGUUUGCAGUGUUGAGCAUUGCGGUAACGAGGAUCAUGGUGUGCAAUCUGAUGAACAAGUACAACGUCAUGUUCCCCGAGAUGCUCUUCUACGUCUGCACCAACUUUGUGUUGACGUCAUACGGGGUUGAGGUGCUGUGUUGGCCCUCGUGCCCUGUGCACGUGCAGGGGCAUCUGUACGGGCUGCGGCGGCUGGGGCAUGACGACCUGGCAGCGAGCAGCGCAGGGGAGGCGGAGGUGGAGGUGGAGAUUUCCGUUCCGCCCACGCACGCGCUCCUGGGGGGCAGUCACAGCGACCAUGGCAACGAGGAUGAUGAGGAGGAGAAUGGGGAUGUGAUGGAGGAGGUGUUGGAGGGAGUGCUAGGGAGGGUGUUGGAGGGGGUGAUGGGGCACGUGGUGGAGGAGGACGAAGCUGGUGACCAUACCGAACCGGGCAUUCCCGCCAGUGAAGCACAAGCACCUGCACUCACUGUGCCUCCUGUUGCUGUCGGGUCAGCUGUGACACCUGAGCUUGCACAUGCUCAUGUGGUGGAGCCUGCUGCCCGUGCCACCGCACCAGCAUGUGCACCCAGUGCUGCUCCUGUGGCGGUCUCUGUGCCUGCCCCUGCCAUCGGUGCUACGUCUGCUGCAGCAUCAGAGUCUGCGAGCCCGAUUCUUGAAACAGCAGCACCUCCUCAUGCACAACUGUUACACGCGCCACAACCAGCCAAGGGCGGCUCUGCUGCUGCACCUCUGAGCACCAUGGUUGAUGCCCUGUCUCUGGAUGCACAUGCGACAGCACCACCGCCACCAUCUGCGUCCUCUGCAGCUGCAAGCAAGGCGGCAGCUCCUGAGGAGUAG